AUGCACUCACUGACCAACCUGAACAUGCUGUCCCCAAACGGCGAGUGCUACAGCUUCGACCACCGAGGCAAUGGAUACAGUCGAGGAGAGGGAUUUGGAGUUUUGGUUCUUAAAAGAGUAUCUGAUGCUAUCAGAGAUGGCGAUACUAUUCGCGGUAUCAUUCGCAGCACCGGGUGCAACCAGGAUGGGCGGACCUCCAGUAUCACCCUGCCUAAUCCUAUUUUGCAGGAGAGGUUGAUUCGUGACACUUACAACAAGGCCGGCCUGAGCAUGGAGCCUACCCGAUUCUUUGAAGCUCAUGGAACCGGUACCUCUGCCGGGGAUCCCAUUGAAUCAAAAGCCUUAGGAUCGGCAUUUCGACAAGUCCGAACAGCGGAUGACCCCCUCUGGGUUGGUGCUAUAAAAAGUAAUAUUGGUCACUUAGAAGGAGCAAGCGGCAUUGCUGGCGUAGUCAAGGCAAUGCUUAUCCUGGAAAGGGGAGUUAUUCCCCCUAAUACCAACUUCGAGAAGAUAAAUCCGACCAUUGAUGCCGAAUUUUUGAAUAUUCAGUUUCCGCUUGAUACUAUGCCAUGGCCCGUUACUGGCAUUCGGCGAGCGUCUGUCAACUCCUUUGGAAAUGCUGGAACCAAUGCUCAUGUGGUUCUUGACGACGUCUACCAUUAUCUUGAAUCAAACGGCCUUUCAGCACCGCAUCUCACAGUCCGAGACCCCCCAAGUAAAUCCGAACUUGAAUUAAAUGCGGUCAAUUUGCUCGGCCUGAUGCACCGUUUUUCUCAUUCAGAUCAUACCAAGCGACUGGAACGCCCAAAGCUUCUUGUGAUUUCUGCAAAUGACGAGAAAGGAGUCGAAAGACAAGCCAAGGCUUUCGCUGAUUAUUUCUCCAAGUUGAGUGACCCUUUGGAUCCCAGCUUCCUUGAUCACCUGGCAUACACGCUUGAUGUCAGACGAAGUUCCCUGGCCUGGAAGUCGUCUGCGGUUGUAAGCUCAUUUGGAGAUCUUGAAAACAUUGAUAAGACGAUAUCUGCUGCCACGAAAUCAAUAUCGACCCCUAGCCUUGGAUUCGUUUUCACUGGACAAGGUGCACAAUGGGCUGGAAUGGGACGAGAGUUGAUGGUAUUCCCCGCCUUUGAACAAAGCCUGCAACGGUCAGAAGGAAUUUUAUCAGUCCUUGGUUGCUCAUGGCGUCUGCGUGAAGAAUUAACGAAAAAUCCCAACCCAAGGAUCAACACCCCCGAGUUUGCUCAACCGUGCUGCACCGCCCUUCAGAUUGCUCUUUCAGAUCUUCUCGUCAGUUUCGACAUAUACCCAACUGCUGUGGUAGGGCACUCCUCGGGAGAGAUUGGGGCCGCGUACUGUGCCGGAGCAUUGUCUCUCGAGUCUGCUUUGAAGCUCGCAUACUACAGGGGCUGCUCAUCUGGUCUUUUAAGCACAGAGACAGCAGGGCAUAAAGGGGGCAUGAUGUCAGUUGGACUUUCGAAGGAGGCCGUGCAACCAUACAUUGAUGAGAUUACAAAUCGGUUUGGUGUAUCAAGGCUCACAAUCGCCUGUGUUAACAGCCCUAAGAACGUGACUAUAUCGGGAGAUGUGAACCAACUCGACGCCAUGAAAUCCGUGCUGGAUGAGAAAAAGACAUUUGCUCGGAAGCUGGUUGUCGAUCAUGCAUAUCACUCACCAGAUAUGCUGCGGGCGGCAGAUGCUUAUCGCAAAGCAAUUCAGGGCCUGAAGCCUGGCAUUUCUCCUCCAAACCAGGUGGCUAUGAUUUCUUCCAUGUCAGGCAAGCGAGUCGAGGCGAAGGACCUCUUGGAUAGCGAAUAUUGGGUCGCGAAUAUGCUGUCGCCGGUUCUAUUUCUUGAUGCCAUGGAUACUUUGUUAUCCAUAUCUUCUCAAAGAGUGCGCAACAAACUUGACCUCAGCCACCGGAAGCACUUCAAGGUCGAUGCGCUACUGGAGGUUGGACCACAUUCGGCACUCCGAGCCCCAAUCAACGACAUAUUGACAACACGGCGGAUAUCGCAGAUUGGAUACUCUUCACUUCUGAUCAGAAAGAACCCUGCAACCACGUCUGCACUUAACGCCGUUGGCGAUCUGAAAUGCCUUGGCUACCCGGUCAGCAUGAUGGCAGUCAACAAUCUUAAAGCCAAACCAUGGGAACAUUACAUGUCGCUGCCUAACUUACCGGAGUACAUUUUUGACCACUCUCAGAAGUACUGGGACGAGUCGAGGUUAUGUGCGAAUUAUAGGCUUGGGCGAGAGGGCAAGCUGGACUUGCUAGGCCAGCAGGUAAGCGACUGGAAUCGCUUCGAAGCUAGGUGGCGAAACUUCCUUCGCGUUUCGGAAAUGUCCUGGAUCGAAGACCAUUCUGUCAAUAGAGUCUUGCUCUAUCCAGGAGCUGGCAUGAUAGUCAUGGCAGUCGAGGCUGCGAAUCAAUUGACAAAGGCGAGCGACGGCGUUGUCGGCUUCGACAUAAGCGACGUGUCGUUCAAAAGGCCCCUCAACGUCUCACGAGACUCGGUAGGCGUCGAGACACAGUUCGUCAUGCACCUGACAGCAGAAUCUGCGAAGCCUCUAGACCAAAGAUCGCAGUUUCGAGUAUUUUCAUGGGCCGACGACGACUGGAAGGAGUGCUGCAAUGGAUUCAUCCGAGCUAGAUAUGAGCAAGUCGCAAAUGAGAUAGACAACGGCAAAGAACAGACCAAGGAACUCGAGUCGUUUGUGCAACAGGCCCUCUCUAUGGAACAGGAAUGCGUAAUACCCCUUGACAUUGGGACAUUCUACUCCGGCCUAUCCCAGAGUGGAUUGGGACUUGGACCUUCCUUCCAUAGAGUGACAGAGGCCUUUUAUGACGACAAGCUACGCGUCAGAGGCAAAGUUAGUCUUUUCGAGUGGCCCCAGCAUGAGUUUCCAGAGAUCCAUGUGAUUCAUCCCACGACCUUGGAUGGUAUAUUGCACAUGGGGAUUGCUGGUCAUACAAGAGUCAAGGUGACAGCGCGUACCAUGAUCCCAACCUUUAUCAGAAACCUCUUCAUCAGCAAGCAAGGCCUGAGCUUUCCUGGUGCCACCGAAGUUGAUCAGAAUUCUUGGUUGGAGAUGCAUCAGAAUGGCGCGGAUGUCCAUGGGUUUGCUCUCAACUCAUCCAAGGAUGAACUCUUGGUACAUUUUCAAGGCCUGAAACUGACGACGGUUGCCGACCAGAAUGGGAAUGCCGCAAUCCAGACAGAUCAGACUCGUCAUAUACCCUACCAUGUGGAACACAAGCCUGAGCCAGAUCUUUUGAGCCCUGAGGCCGUAAUGUCUGUCUGCCAAAGGGAUCUCCCUCCAAGUCAAACUCCUUUUGAGCGAUAUGUUGACUUAAUUACACAUAAGAAUGGGAGUCUCCGUAUUUUAGAGGCCGGUACCAACAAUCCCGAAUGGACAGCCCGCUUUCUCAAAGCUUUGACUGUCUACGCCCAGCAUACUGGUAAAAUCAUGCACCCGAGAUACCUCUCCUUCACCUUGGGAACUAGCCCCAGUCAGGAUCCGGAGAGUUGUAAGAAACAAUUUCAAGAUUUCCAGGAUAUCAACUUUGUACCAUUUGAUACCAAAAGAGACCCAUGCGAACAGGGAAUAGAUGGAUUAUACGACAUGAUCAUCGCUCCCGAUGCUGUCAGAGGCGACGAAACAGUGUUAGGAAACUUCCAUGGCAUUCUAGCUCCCUGUGGAAGGCUAUGUUUGCUGGAUUUCUCGGAAUCAUCUACAGACGGGCAUGCUUCAAGCAAGGGUCCGGCGGCCAAGGAGCUAUCAAGAAAAUCAGACCAUCUAGAGAUGCGCUUGGAGCUCGAGGCACCAGGGUCAACCGAAAAUACCAAAUCCGUUGCCCGCAUUUACAGCCAUAUCCCUGAAGCUGAGAAACAAACGCAAAAAGUCAGCAUCUUUUUGACGUUGGAUCCAGUAUCAACCCUGCAGACAGCCACAGCGGUCGCACUGACGAGCUACUGGAAGCGCAAAGGCAUACGUGAAAUCAGGACCGGAACUCUGGAAGAGGCAAUUGAUUCUGAGCAGAGGAACACCGCAAUUUUCGUCAUCCUACUCGAGUUAGACCGGCCGUUCUUGUACUCCUUGACAAGGCCAGCUUAUGGGCAGUUGAAAACUCUCCUGCAGUCCACUAAUAAUGUCUUAUGGCCAACGUUCGCGGGCGGAUCAAAUGCCGGCCAUCCAGGUUACGCCCUGAUCCACGGUCUAUCGCGAGUCCUUCACAAUGAAUACGCCAGUCUUAGCAUCACGGUUGUUGCGUUUGAUGCCAAGGACGCGUUGUCUGAAGGACAAAUAGGCGCUCUUACUCAGCUAUUAUACGCGAAGCAUAUUGAGCCCAACCCCUUCAUCUUGGAUGUCGAAUAUCUCGAGAUGGGAGAGACUUUACAAAUCCCCCGCCUUGUGCCUGCCACCAAAGUCAUGCACGAGAUACAUCGAAAUGCAAAAGAACGCAACUCUGGCGAGGUGUUGGUCGGAGAUGCGCCACCACUCUCACUCACCAUUCAGUCCGUCGGUGUUCUCGAUGGUCUCUAUUUUGAAGAAGACCAGGCGUACCAGCUGCCUCUCGAGGCAGACGAGAUAGAAGUGCAAAACCACGCAAUUGGUCUGAACUUUAAAGACUACUUGACUGCAAUGGGCAGGAUGCCCCAUGGCGUCAUGGGACAAGAAUGUGCUGGUGUCGUUACUCGGGCAGGAUCCGAGACGUGUUUCAAAGCAGGAGAUCGUGUCGUCAUGACGGCACCGUCGACGUUCAAAACAUUGGCCAGGGGCAAAGUUGCUGCCCGGAUUCCCGAUGAUAUGACUUUUGCCCAUGCAGCAGCAAUACCGGCGCAGUUCGUUACCGCAUGGCAAGUGAUUCACCGCCUUGCUCGACUCGAACAAGGCGAGACGAUUCUCAUCCAUACGGCAGCCAGUGGCACAGGGCAGGCCGCGAUUCAACUUGCAAAGUCACUUGGCGCCAUCGUGUACGCGACCGUGGGAUCGGCGGAGAAGAAACGGCUUCUCAUCGAUGCAUACCAGGUUCCAGAGGAACACAUUUUCUAUAGUCGUGACACGAGCUUCGAAAAGGGCAUUCAACGAGUCACGAAUGGUCGAGGCGUGGAUGUGGUCAUCAACACCUUGGUAGGCGAUGGGUUGCUCGCAUCUUUGAAAUGCGUCGCGCCGCAUGGUCGUUUUGUCGAGAUUGGCGAAAAGAAACUCGUUUCGAACACCACCAUCCACUUAUCUGGGCUCCGAGAAAACGUCACCUUCAUUGUAUUUGAUGCGUCUGCCUGGCUCAAGGAGCGCUUCACCCUCGCCCGUCGGGACUUGUCGAAGAUUAUGGACUUGUUUGCUCAAGGAAAACUUCACUCUGCGCUACCCUUGCACAUUUGUGACAUAUCGGAGGUUGGGGGAGUCUUCAAAAGGAUCCAUCGUGGAGACAGUAUAGGCAAGUUUGUAUUCGAGGUGAAUCCAGAAUCACAGGUCCAGGCAACUAUCAGCACUAAACCUAGCUUUUACAUGGAUUCCAACGCGACUUUUGUAAUUGCAGGCGGACUUGGGGGCAUCGGCCGUGCCACGGCUCGCUGGAUGGCGGAUCGCGGCGCAAAGAACCUGAUCCUAGUUUCGCGCUUUGGCGUCCGAACCGACUCUGCUCAGAAACUGGUAGACGAGUUGCAGUCCAAGGGAGUGCGUGUAGAGACUCCAGCUUGUGAUGUCACCGACUUGGAGGGCAUGAGGGAGACCUUUGGCAAGUUGAUGCCAGAAAUGCCACCCAUCAAAGGCGCUCUUCAGAUGUCCGUCAUUGCAAGGGACUGCCUCUUUGACGACCUAGAAUACGACGACUGGUCGAUUGCCGUACGUUGCAAGACGGUAGGUUCCUGGAAUCUCCAUGCCGUCUUACCUCGCGGGCUGGACUUUUUCAUCCUCCUCUCAUCUGCCUCUGGGCUGGCUGGCAUCAAAGGCCAGACAAACUACGACGCGGGGAAUACAUACGAGGACGCCCUUGCGCGGCACCGAGUGUCUCUUGGCGAGAAAGCCACCUCGCUGGAUCUCGGCGCCAUGAUCGACGAUGGCAUUGUGGCCGAGGACCGGAACCUGCUCAAUCGCAUUCUCGCGUACGGCGCUCUGGAUCCCGUCACACGACCAAUUUUCUAUAGUAUACUCGACUAUUACUGCAAUCCUGCGCUGCCACUUUUGACUCCGGAUCAGAGUCAGCUUGCCAUUGGCGUGGGCACCGGCAGAGGGGACGGGUUAGAGACGUACGACUUUGGCAGACAGCCAAUGCUGCAGCCGCUUAUGCUGGCUGGGAAAAGACGUGACGCGGCUGCAUACUCUGGACAGAGCCAUGUCAAGGAUCGGGAGCGGUUUGCAGCAUCCGAGUCGCUUGACCAUGCGGCCGAGAUAUUUGCAGAGGCUGCCACUCAGAAGCUGGCCAAGUCCCUUGCGACGAUGCAGGAUGGUACAUCUGUGGACCGCGACAGGCCGCUGCAAAUGUACGGCGUUGACUCGCUUCUGGCUAUUGAGCUUCGGAAUUGGAUCUUCAAGGAAUUCGACGCAGAUGUAGCUGUUUUCGAAACCCAGGGAUCGUCAACACUGGGCACGCUGAGUAUGCUGGUGGCCGGACGGAGCACCAUCAAACAUGACAAAUGGUUCAUGGCGGAAUAA